GUGGGCGGGGCUGGUGGACAGUGGUUUGCGGUUGGGGGUAGCAGUGGAUAAGCUCAGGCUGCCAGGACGGGCCAGCGCCCUGGGGGCGCGGUCGUGAGGAGGAGGCGCGAGCCUCACGGCGCCCCGCUGACACAGCCUCCACUCGGGUCCGCGUAGUUCAUCCCGAGUGCGGAGUGCGGAGGCGGGCCGGGGUCUCGGGCGCCGCGUCUGGGUCUAGGCUGGGACAGAGCUGCGGGGCGGCGCUCCCCUCCCCCAGCCUUCGGCCUCCCCGGCGGCGGCCGCCGCCUCAAGUUUCCGGAGGGGCCGAAGGGCGGAAGGGGCGUCACGUGCGCGCGGCCAGGGGGCCGGUUGGUCCGCCCGCAGGGGAGGGGCCGCGCGCUACCCGGGCGGGGGCUGGGCUCGGGCCGGGGUCGGCGGCUCCGGAGAGCCCGGACGCGAAAGCCGGCAGCAGGGUGCCCCGGCGGCGGCGCGGAGCCCGCUCUGCCCGCGCGGUGGCCCGGGGUGCGCGCCAGGUCGUCUCACGGAUCCCGGGUCCCCGGCCCUCGAGGCGAAGCGCCCGCGGGGUCCGCGGCGGGGGCGGUGCCCGGCCAGCCAUGAGCUCUCCGCAGCUCGCCCGCAAGGGCUUUUACCGCCAGGAGGUGACCAAGACGGCCUGGGAGGUGCGCGCCGUGUACCAGGACCUGCAGCCCGUGGGCUCGGGCGCCUAUGGCGCCGUGUGCUCGGCCGUGGACAGCCGCACGGGCGCCAAGGUGGCCAUAAAGAAGCUGUACCGGCCCUUCCAGUCCGAGCUGUUCGCCAAGCGCGCCUACCGCGAGCUGCGCCUGCUCAAGCACAUGCGCCAUGAGAACGUAAUUGGGCUGCUGGAUGUGUUCACACCCAAUGAGACCCUGGAUGAUUUCACAGACUUUUACCUGGUGAUGCCGUUCAUGGGCACCGACCUGGGGAAGCUCAUGAAGCACGAGAAGCUGAGUGAGGACCGGAUCCAGUUCCUCGUCUACCAGAUGCUCAAGGGGCUGAAGUACAUCCACGCUGCUGGCAUCAUCCACAGGGACCUGAAGCCCGGCAACCUGGCCGUGAACGAGGACUGUGAGCUGAAGAUCCUGGACUUUGGCCUGGCCCGGCAGGCAGAUAGCGAGAUGACUGGAUACGUGGUGACCCGGUGGUACCGGGCGCCUGAGGUCAUCUUGAAUUGGAUGCACUACACACAGACGGUGGACAUCUGGUCAGUGGGCUGCAUCAUGGCUGAGAUGAUCACAGGGAAGACGCUCUUCAAAGGCAGCGACCACCUAGACCAGCUGAAGGAGAUCAUGAAGGUGACGGGGACGCCUCCCCCUGAGUUCGUGCAGAGGCUGCAGAGUGCCGAGGCUCAGAACUACAUGAAGGGCCUCCCUGAGCUAGAGAAAAAGGAUUUUGCCUCCAUCCUGACCAACGCGAGCCCUCUGGCCGUGAACCUCCUGGAGAAAAUGCUGGUGCUGGAUGCGGAGCGGCGGGUGACGGCGGCCAAGGCGCUGACCCACCCCUACUUCGAGUCGCUGCACGACACAGAGGACGAGCCCACGGCCCAAAAGUACGAUGAAUCCUUUGAUGACGUGGACCGCAUGCUGGACGAGUGGAAGCGCUUUGCGUUGGCCUGGAGACCAAGGGCCCCUCUCUUCAUCUCUGAGGGCUCCCAGCACCUGCUCAGCCUGAGGCUGGGCUCGGACGCCUGCCCAGUCCCCGGGCCUCCCUCUGCUGGGGCCCUGACGUCCCAUGCUGGAACGGGCCUUGUCUAGCUCCACUCCGGCAUGGCAGGCAUCUUCUCUCGGUGGCUGCGGGACCCGCCUGGGGGAGCAGGGACGUCUGAGGGCAGCAGUUAGCGCCGACGGAGCUGUGGCACUGGUCGCCACUGUCCUAGACCCCGUCCUGGCUGUGCCUCAGACCUGGGGCCGCGGUCCUGGAUGUGGGGGGUAGGGGUGGGGCUGGACGGGUUGUGCUUCUCAAACCACAUUCUUCAGGGUCAUCGGGGAGCCCCAGCAGGGGCUCUGCCCUUAUCCGUGCUGUGUUUUGUGCUUGUAAGUUCUCUGUUGCUAGAAAGAUAACAAGAAAACCGAAAACCAUGGGCCACAGGAUCCUCUCUGCGGUCUCCGCCACAAACUGUAGUGAGAGCUUUUGCUUUUACUACAGACCAUGGUGGACACGUGGUCUGUUUGUGGUUGAGCCCCUGGUCAGGAAUGCAAACUCAUCACCUCCUGUUUCCCUGGGAAAAGCCAGCUUUACAGCAAGGACCUCUCCACACAAACCUUCCCUGUGUGGAUGGGCCCCCGCACCAGGGUUAGAUGAGGGCCUGGGAGGCACCCCACGGGGUAGGGAUACAACUGUGCCGUGUACUGUGCAAACCACACAGACCACCUGCUCUAAAGGCACAGUCCUUCCUGAACUGGGCUUGUGGAGUACCAGUGGUCCCCCAAACGGGCGUUCCCGUGGCCAGGUGAGCGUGGGCACCCUGGGGUAGGUGGCGCGGAACUGUCCUUUUGCAGGCUGCUCAGAGGGGAGGCGGAGCAGCACCCCCCUUCCUUUGGGACGGCUUGCUCUGGGCAUGGUGCAGGGGACAUGAGCACUGGUGAGGAAGCUGGAUGCUGCAGGUGGUCGGUGGGAAUUCCACACUCGUUUAUAAAUUUAUUUAUUUAUUUAUGUAUUUCUGGCUGCAUUGGGUCUUCGUUGUUGGGUCUUAGUUGCUGCGUGUGGGCUUUCUCUAGUUGCGGCGAGCGGGGGCUACUCUUCGUUGCAGUGCGAGGGCUUCUCAUUGCAGAGCUUGGGCUCUAGGUGCACGGGCUUCAGUAGUUGUGGCACGUGGGCUCAGUAGUUGUGGCUCACGGGCUCUAGAGCGCAGGCUCAAUAGUUGUGGCGCAUGGGCUUAGUUGCUCUGCAGCAUGUGGGAUCUUCCCGGACCAGCGGUCAAACCCAUGUCCCCUGCGUUGGCAGGCGGAUUCUCAACCACUGCGCCACCAGGGAAGUCCCCACACUCGUUUAAACCUUUAUAGAUGUUCUGGAUCCAGAAGCUGGGGUGUGCCCUGGUGGGACCCUGAGCAACUCCACUCAAGUGAACACAUUGGUUUACAUUCCUCAGAUGUCCUGUGUUCACUGAGGCAUGCUGUGGAGCCAAGGCCACCCUAGGGGCCGUGGGUGUGGGUUACAGGAGCCCUGUGAGGGUGGACAGUCCCUGUGGAUGGACACAGGUGGACUUGCACAUGUGGGACAAAGGAGCCCACCUGGUGCCUGAACCCCAGCGGUGAUCUCUGACCCUGUUAUUUUGGGGGGCGGGUGGGCCCCCUAGUUCAGUGACUAACAGCCUGUGCUCUGGGCCUCCUCUCUCCGCCCCCACCCCAAGUGGAAUCUCACGGGACUUAUCUCUGGUCCCCGCGAGCACCAAUGAGCUGGGCCCAGUGCUUCGUCUUGGUCACUGGCGUCCCUCCUUGGUGCGCACUGUGGAGCUGUCUUAACAGGUGAUGGGCCCCUUCUCCCAUGACUCUGUCCCUCUCACCCUGCCCCAGGUGUCACAUAUAGAGAGGUGCUCAGCUUCAAGCCUCCCCGACAGCUGGGGGCCAAGGUCUCCAAGGAGACGGCCCUGUGAAUACCCCUGGGCUCUGGGCCUGGAAGGGAGAUCCUGUUUGCCACUGGGACCUUGGCUAGGGCUUGCAUCCCAGGAGUCCCCUCGUUCCAUGGAGCCUCUUCUGGAAGCCUGUUCCCCUGCUCUCAGACCCCACCUCAGCCUAACCUUGGAGGAGCAUCUGGACUUUCUGGACAGGACGCCCCCCCUGACCUGGGGCUGGGCUCUGACCCCCUGAGCAGUGGUCCCCUCCCCCAGGGUGCAGCAGAAGCCUCAGAACCUGUGGGGUGGGAUGGGGUUCGGGGUCAAAGCCUAGUCUCUGACCCUGCCUGCUCUGGACUGUGCUGAAAAGGAAGGACGGGAGGGUGCAGAGUGCUGACUCAGGGACACGUCUCCUGGGGGCGUUGGUGUGGACGCUCCUGCACCACCCCCCUUAAAUGUACAUUGGCCACGUGGUGUGGCCACACGGCUGGAGGAAAUAAACCCUUUUGUAGCUCCCA